AUGGUGUCAGCGCUCGUCUCCUCCCACCCAUGCCGCCCAGCUAUUUUCUCUGCUAGCUGUCACCCCGCUGACACCUGCGACUCCGUUUCUCAAGCCAGGCCAUCGUCACCAGCCUCCUGGUCAGCGGCGCCACUUGGCAGCAACCGAUUGGUCCCGCGACAGUUCAACUUGCCAAUUGGCAAGAGUGGCGGCGAACGGUCGUUUCCGGUUCGAUCCUUGUCGCAACGCGCGCGAUCGUCGCUUUGCUCCCCAGGCCAACCAAGCCGGCAGCCGUUCUCCAGCAGCAGCAGCGGCGGCGGCAUGAGCGAGUCGCUCUCUAGCCCGCUAAUCGCGGCCGCCAGCAGCGGCAACGUCGCCGGGCCGUCCAGCUCUGACUCCGCGGUCGCGCGGAACGAUGGUAACGGGGGUAACGGCGGCGCACGUGCGCUGCGGAUAGCGGCGGUGGCGGCGGCGGCGGUGGUGGCGGCGGCAGUGGGAGCGACGGUGUGGGCAGGCGGACCGUCGAGUAUCAUUUCCGUGUUCGCGAAGUCUGGGUUCACCGCCGCGUUCUCUCUGAUCUUCGUCUCCGAGAUCGGUGAUAAGACGUUCUUCAUUGCGGCGCUACUGGCAAUGCGCCACUCCAAGCUGCUCGUGCUGUGCGGGGCAGUGUCGGCGCUGGGCAUCAUGUCCGCCAUCUCUGCUGGCAUUGGCCGCCUCUUCCGCGAAGUGCCUGCACAGCUGCACACCUCCAUCCCCGUGGGCGAGUACCUAGCGUGUGCGCUGCUCGUGUGGUUUGGAAUCCGCUCCAUCCAAUCUGCUCUCAAGCUGCCCGCCUCGCCCAUGCACUCUGCCCCCGCUGCUGCUGCUGCUUCUGCGCCGGCUGCCGGCUCCGCCGCUGGGGCAGCGGAGGGGGACGAGGAGGAGGGGGAGCUGGCAGAGGCGAGGGAGUUUGUGGAGAAGGCUGAGGCAGAGAAGCCAGUAGCCACUUCUCUGGAAGUCUUCUGGGAGGCCUUCUCCCUCAUCUUUCUUGCAGAAUGGGGAGACCGCUCAAUGCUUGCCACCAUUGCACUCGGAGCAGCCCAGAAUCCUGUGGGGGUGGCGAUGGGGGCCACGGUGGGGCAUCUCCUGGCAACGGGCCUGGCAGUCAUAGGAGGCGCACUGCUCUCCAAGCACAUAUCCGAGCGCUUUAUUGGCAUUGCUGGCGGGGUGCUCUUCCUCAUCUUUGCAGCUGCCACGAUCUUUGGUGUCUUUUAG